UCCAAAGCGCGCACCCGUCAGCGGAGGAAAAGAGAGGACAGAAGGCGGCACAGCGACUAAUACAGCCCAAUUAACCGACUACUUUGAAACCCUCACACGAAAUACAGCCAGGAUGUCAGAGGAAAAACCAAAGGAGGGAGUAAAGACUGAGAACGAUCACAUCAACCUCAAGGUUGCGGGUCAAGAUGGGUCAGUGGUCCAGUUCAAAAUCAAAAGACACACACCGCUCAGCAAACUGAUGAAGGCAUACUGUGACCGACAGGGUCUCGCAAUACGGCAGAUCAGGUUCAGGUUUGAUGGCCAGCCUAUUAAUGAGACGGACACACCUGCACAGCUGGAGAUGGAAGAUGAAGACACCAUAGAUGUUUUCCAGCAGCAGACAGGCGGGCACUGCUAAGCCCUCCCCACCUCAUUGACGGCCACCCUCCGACCACGCCCUCAGCCACCUUCACUGUCCCUCCCCUCCCCAUCGCUCCUCUCAGCCUAAUAUUAUUAUUAUUAUUAUUAUUAUUAUUAUUAUUAUUAUUAUUAUUUCUUCAGUUAAAGAUGUCUGUCAUGGUUUUUCGUCAGGUGUGUGGGGGGGAGGGGGCUCCUCAGCUGUUUAUAUACCGUCACAGCCAGGACUGAACUUUUGUGCGUGUCAACAGUCUCUCUGCUGGCCAAUCAGGACAACAUUUCCUUCUGGCCCCGCAGGCUGCGAUUGGACCAACAGUGCGUCACAGCUGUUCCUGGUUUGUCAGUGCUUCUCGUUCGCUCUCCAGUGAAAGCUUAGUAUCCAGUAGUUUGUCACGGUUUUCAUCCAUCGGGGUCGAAUGUGAGGCUCUGCAAGUUUUUGUCCGGGGUCACAGUCAGUGGGCAUGAAAAUGUUUUGAAGUGGAAGCACUAUCUGAACUUAAUACACACCCACCUUCCAUUUCACUUUGCUUUCGUGUGUAUUUUUCUUGCCUGAACGGUGACUCCUGCUCUUCUGUCAAGAACGGUAUUUUAAUUCUCUGCAUUUUAGAUGCUUUUGCUUAAGAGUUUUAUUUUGUUCUUUUUUUUGUUUUCUAUUUGUCUUUUAAGAAUUAACAUCCAGGCGGCGUGUUGAUUUUCCUGUACAGAAGUAUCAGAGUGGAUGUUAGAUAAAAGUUGUGGCGCUUGGACCAAUACUCCAAAGACAGAACUUCUGUUUUAUAUUUGAUGUACUUGGAUCACUCUGAAAGCAAACUGCAAGGUCAAAACUGUCACAUUUUAAGGGAGUUUGUAUUUCAUUAAUGUAAUUUGCUUCCUUUUUGACUUCUACUAAUUGAGAAAUGUUCUCUGUGGGUAUCCGUGCUACAGACUUUUAUUCGCUCAUCCAGACAAAUGCCUGUUUAAGGGAGGGGACAUGUUAUUGAUCCUUUGCUGGAGUUGGUUGGGGUCUGUCUUUGUAAGGAUAGUCUCAUGAUGUGGAAUGCAUAACUUUUGUUUUCUUUCCCUAUUUUCCGAUGAAGUGGGCCAGAGGCCAGUCCCUAAAGUGUUCUUACAAGUGGCUCUACUUGUCUGUUUUACAUUUUGGGUGGGAAAAACUGGAAGGCCGUUCCUCAACGCUGCUUUGGGGUCAGCUGUCUCAUCUCUGUAUUGUCCUUGCGAAUGUAGACAGGCAGGACAACUGAUUCUAAAUGUGUUUUGAAGAAGAGCCGCUUCCAGUUUGAGCAAGGAUAUCUAACAAAAGUCGGUAUGUUUUUUUUUGCGAAGACAUUUUGAAGACUGCUUUGUCAACUAUGAAGCGGUUUCCUUGUGUGUGUGUGUGUGUGUGUGUAAAAGGCAGAAGUUUCAGGCCAUUUGUUCAAAAAGCCUGACGAUGCUGUGAAGACAUCCAAAGGGUUGAUGAGUGUCUCCAAUAAUUUAGUUCGGAGAAGGAUGCAUGCAGUUUGUGCAUAUCGGGAGGGCAGGGAGGCCAAACACUGGCGUUUGGAAGAUAAAUGUUCUGGACCCACAGGGCCCCGUUCUUCAUACGCAGGUAACUGAGAUGGCUUGAUGUGAUUUGUUAUUGGCCUGACGUUUUUCAGUUCAGUCAGGAUUAAAAUGUGUUUUGUAGUGGAAGCAAUUAGUCUGCAACUUUAUCCAGAGUGAGGUGGAUCAUGACAACCCUUUUUAAGUUUACCAAAUUUAAUUUAUUUUCAGAUGAGGUUACAUCUUUCUUUAGAGGCAUGCAUUGAUUGUCAUAACUGAACAGCGUUUGAGUCAAGCAGUCGUACAUACAACAAAAAAAAAGUACAAAAUACAUCCAAUGCAAUAAAAAAAACAAUAAAAUAAAUAAAUCAAGCUUUUGUUUGGUGCAGUAUGAACUCCAGUGUUUAGACAUUUGCAAUACAUAUGAUUUGCUUUAUGAAUUUCAUGUGUUUUUAGUUUCCAUAACUUUGAAUGUAGGUUUGCUCAGCCACGUUAGAAAGGGGCUGAACUUUUUAAAUGGUAAUUAAAUUGCAGUCUACAUGUUUCAGCUGUAUUUUUGUAUGCAUUCUAUAUAAAUAAAAACAGUUAAUGCCAAUGCAUAAACAUUUCUAAAUUAAUAUUUGACAUAAAUGUUUGAAACAAGCGCUCUGUUCUGCCACCUGCUGGAUAUUCACUUACAUGUUCAAGUGCUACCCAACUCAUUCUUCCCACAGUCAUUAACAAGUUUUGACAAUAAGAAACAUGCCUCUGCACAAGCACCUCACAAGUUGUGACCCUGGUUUUAGUUUUCCCAUCGCUCAAAGAAAAAGCACAGUUAUCAAGACAGCCUUCUACUUGCGUUUGAAGGAUUGAGUUAGCUGCACAAAGCUCUUCUGAGCAGGCUAACGUAAGCUAAGCCAUGUAAUGUACAAAGAACGGGGCCCAUGUCUUGUCCUGUCAUGUUAUUUGUUUCUCUACUGAUUUGUACAUUAUUUGUGGUCUUUUACUACUGUAUACAAUAAAUAUAGUUUGGUACUCAGA